CCCGUCUGCUGCUUCCUUCCGGUGCAUGAAAGUGCCAGCCUGGCUUUCGAAGAAGUUUUUGUUUUACACGUAUGAUGCGUAAUUGAUUUAAGAAACUUCACUGAAAUAAUUUUCAUGGAUGGAUAUGCGUGCACUUACAACGCGAACUUAAUUUUUCAAACAGACUACCGGGAUGCUACUGCGAGGCCUUAGUGCCGGCUGUUGUCAGAGUUAUUGACAGUGGCACUGAUUGUAAUGUUUAGAUUUGUGCGAGUCGACUAUUUUGUUUGUUUAGUACAAUAAACAAACCAUACGCAGAACAUCUAACGAUGCCAUUACCACAAAAGAGCUUAAGAAAACUAUAAAGUGAAAGCUUCAACGAUCUGUGUAGAAAAACAUUUUCAGGAGUAAGCAAGGAGUCAUUUGAUUGUCAAACAUGCUGUCAGGGCGAGCUAUAUACAGUUCCACUUCAAGCUUAACCCUGUAUGUAGGCUUGUUAGCCUUUUCCAAAUUCCUACGUGCAGUUGGUCUCUUCCUGGCAUAUGAUCUGCUGAAGCUGAUUCCAGUGGUUCAGUUCCUCUUCAUUGUGAAAGCGGGGACUGCUUUACCACUGCUAUUUCUUCAGAAGCCAUUGAGCACUGGCAGGAGACUGACAAAAAAUCAGCUCUUCCGGAUAGUGAGACAUGCAUUUGUUGGCAGUCUUAUCGGUUUCUUGUGGAUGUUUGGUCUCACCUUGUGUGGUCCACUCAGAACCAUCUUACUGUUCGAGCACAGUGAUGUUGUGAUCAUCGCAGGGUUUACAGCUCUCUUCACAAACAAUGGAGGAGGGCCUGCUAAGUCCCGUGGUGCUGUUUUCUUCUUGGUUGCCGUGGUUACACUUCUGUUGUUUGAUCAUGAUGAAAAACUUGACAUGAUGUCUGAACAUGAUGCCAACCAUGAAGACAUCCAUGGGACGUUCAUAUCUCAUGUGUUCUAUCACAUUGUAAAUCUGGUUGGAUGGUCAGAUCACAAAGGUGGAGUGGUGCUGUUGUUCAUCACGUUGUGUCUUCACGUUGGCUACAAUGCAGCUGCAAAAAAACUGUCAGUGGAAGUGGGUGGUGCAAAACGUCUUCAUGCUCUGUCAACCUUUGCAUCAGCUGGUCUGCUGUGGCCCUGGGCAGCCUUCAUAUACCUCACAAGAGAGAGUGACAUACAGUCAUGGCUCUACCUGUUAUUUCCUCUACUGCUGGUGAUCAUGUUCGUCUUCCUGAUUGACUUCUACAUCGAGGCAGUAUCCAUCAACCACCUGCAGCCACAGAAGACAGCUCUGUAUGGUGUUGCAGCCAUCUCCCUGGGGGCGCUGUUCCUCAGUUCCACCUGGAACCACCCCUACAUGGCCCAGAUCACCACCAUGCACAAGCUGAAGGAAGUCAUCACUGAGGACCAUGUUCUCUCAGGGGGAGUCGUCUUCAGCCUCAUGGCUCUCAUCCUAAGUACAUGGCUGCUGGUGUCUCCAAGCCGCAGUGCCAAGGGCAACUUCAUUGGUUAUUCCCCAUCCGGACUUCCAUUGUACAGUUUUGCUGGGGAAGCCAUCCAUCGCACGUCACAAUCAGUUUUCAUCAUUCUCAAAAAUGGCCUUCGACAGAUUCUGGAGGAGUCCAACUCCCGCAAGAUCUUCUACUUUUUGUGCAUUAACUUGAUGUUCACGUUUGUGGAGCUGUUGUACGGCGUGUGGACCAACAGUCUCGGUCUAAUAUCUGAUGGCUUCCAUAUGCUGUUUGACUGCUCGGCCCUUGUCAUGGGGUUGUAUGCUGCCAUCAUGUCCAGGUGGAAGGCAACGAGAAUAUUUUCAUACGGAUAUGAUCGGGUGGAAGUGCUGUCUGGUUUUAUAAAUGGCCUCUUCCUUGUGAUCAUUUCUAUAUUUGUAUUUGCUGAGGCUGUCACAAGACUAUUUGAGCCACCAGAGAUCAAAACAGCAAGAUUAUUGACAGUUUCUGUUCUUGGUUUAGCAGUAAAUCUUAUAGGUAUAUUCGCCUUCAGUAGUUCCCAUGGUCAUGGGCAUGGAGGUCAUGGCCACUCUCAAGGGGGAGGUCAUGCACACAGUGGAGGUCAUGCACAUGGGGGAGGUCAUGGUCAUUCUCAUGGGGGUCAAGGUCACAAUCAUGGAAGUCAUGGCCAUGCACAUGGAAGUUCAAGUCCAUGUGAACAAAGCCAUUCUUUAUGGGGAGAUCAUGGACACAGCCAUGGAAGUCCGGCUCAUACCUCUCAUGGUCACUCCCACUUUGGGGGUAAUACAAACAUGCAGGGAGUGUUUCUGCAUGUGUUGGCCGACACCAUGGGAAGUGUUGGCGUCAUUAUAUCAACGCUGAUUAUAGAGAACUUUGGCUGGAAUGUGGCCGACCCUAUUUGUUCACUAUUUAUUGCUACACUGAUAUUAUUGAGCGUCUUGCCUUUACUGAAAGAUACAACAACAGUUUUACUUCUAAGAACUCCAACCGAUAUGGAAAAAGAUCUGACACAUAUUUUACAAAAGAUUUUGACGAUAGAUGGUGUUAUAUCAUACCGACGCCCAUACUUCUGGUGGCACACAUCAUCAAAGGUGAUCGGUAUGCUGCAUGUUCAGGUGGCCCCUGACAAGAGUGAACAGAAGAUAAUUACACAGGUGACGUCACUUUUCCGAGAAAUGGGAAUUACCAAUCUCACUGUUCAGGUAGAGAAGGAAUCGUUCUUCCAUCACCUGUCUGGGUUGGGGGCAUCGCUGGACAAUGUGGCUGCUGUCACCAAUGACAUGCACACCAUCACCUUUGAAGAACCAUUCACAGUGAAGUCUAUAUGAAGUGAACAAUAUAGUGUCAUAUACGAUGACAUACAGUGAUAUAUAUGUACAGAUCUUCCUCACAAUAUACCAUACAUAAUUAUAUCGGUUGUGUGCAAUGUAUUAUCAAAUGAGAAAAGUAAGUUCAGAUUGGUUUAUGACCAAUACAUGAAAUAUAGACAUAAAAAUAUUACGAUCUGUUUGAUUGGCAUUUAGAAGUUGGUGACUAAUAAGAAAGUAAGAUUGUUUAUGGAUAACAACUUCUUUUAUUAUAUA